AUGGCGCCGGACGCCGCCCCCCGGCCCCGCGACGCCCCUUCCAGGUCCUCCCAGAGGUUCGGCAGCGGCGACGGCGCGCGGCCGUCCACUAAGUACAGGGAGCCGGAGCCGCCCAGCCACCUGGCGCUGCGGAGGGCGGCCUCAAGGCCCAGGCCCAUCCUGCCCAGGCGGCAGUCGCCGCGCCAGUGGCGCGUGGCGUCCACGGAGCGCUUCCCGCUGCGGUCGUCCGUGACGGGAAGGGGAAGGGCCGGCAGGGAGGGAGAGCUCGUCGCGGACAACGGGGACCGAUAUAUCGGAGAGGUUCUGGCAGGGCGCCCGCACGGCCACGGGAAGUACCUAGCAGUGUCUGGCAGCUCCCACGUGGUCCAGUAUGAGGGAGAGUUCGCCAGCGGCGCGCGGUGCGGUCGCGGCGUGCGGUACUACCCCAACGGCGAGGUGUACAGCGGGGAGUGGGUGGACGGCCGGCGUCACGGCCGGGGCACCAUGGCCUACAGCAACGGAGACGUCUACGACGGCAAUUGGGUGGACGACAGGCGGGAGGGCACCGCCAGUUUCCGGCAUAGCAACGGUGACCUCUUCGUGGGAACCUUCGUGGACGGGAGGAAGGAGGGACUGGGGACGCUGUACUUGGUGCAGCAGGGAAAGAAAUACGUUGCGGAGUACUGCGACAACGUCCCCAAGUGCGGGACCUUCGUGGACAUCGACAGCAGCGAGCUAUCUCCCCUCACUGAAGACAUGCACGGCACGCUGCAGGCUCUCACGUCGCACCUAGAAGCCUCGGGCGGCAAUGAGAGUCCGCGUGGGGCACGCCUGCCGUCGCUGCAGCUGGAACAGCCGUUCAAGAUGCUUGUGAAGGAGAUGGUGGGAAUCAGACAGAGUCGGUCCGGCGCCGGGCCCAGCGACACCGGCCGCGGCGGCCAGCUGGGCGGCACCAUGCACCCGCUGGACAUGGAGCUGCUGCGCCACACCUUCACGCAGCUGGUGGGCGGAGACGGAAGGGACGGCGCCCUCAUCCCACAGCAGCUGCGGGACCUCAUCCACCUUUCCGGUCAGGACCCCUCCCACCCGGCCACCCAGGGCAUCGUGGCGCAGUGGCUGGCGGAGAGGCGUGGCCACGGCAUCAGAUUCGAGGACUUCCUGAGGGCCGUGGGGCAUUUUAGGGACAGGGAUAUCGAGGAGGGCGAAUUCCAAUGCCUGGCGGCCACGGUAGCGUAG